GCAUUAUUGAUUGACCAAGUCAAAGACCUCAAAAUCAUUUUAAAAAUAGUCUCAUUAAGUCCUCACCAUUAAUCUUAUAAAUCUCUCUUUCAUUUUUCUCUUCACUCUUCCAUCUCUCUCACACUUUCUCCCGCUCUUCAUCAUUCUUCUCUAUCUCUCUCUCUGUGAUUGUGAAAAGGAUCUCCGAUCUUAUCUCCAGAUCAGAUCCGAAGCUAAAGAAAAGUAAUCAGAGAGGAUGGGUCGUGGAGUCAGUGCCGGAGGGGGUCAGAGUUCGUUGGGUUACUUGUUUGGGAGUGGUGAAGCUCCAAAGCCCGCUGCCCAAGCUGCUGCUUCUCCACCACCAGCAGACAAUGAACCUCCAAAGCCCGUUGCCCGUGCUCCUGCUCCGCCACAAGUGGACAUCACCAAGCAGAUUCCAGCUGGUAUCCAUGGGAACCCUGCUAACAACUACCACAGGGCAGAUGGUCAGAACACAGGCAACUUCCUCACGGAUCGCCCCUCAACUAAGGUCCACGCGGCUCCUGGUGGUGGAUCUUCUCUAGGUUAUCUGUUCGGCGGUAACAGUAACUGAUGUAUCCUGUUCUUGAAGAUGGAAGUUUAAUAGUAUUAUUUACAGUGUAUUUGAACCCUUAGUAUGGCAAAAAAAAGAAAAAAAGCAAUUUUUUCUGGAUUUCACAAACAAUGUCGACUGUUUCUACAUGUAAUCUUUAUGUACGGAAAGAGGCUUCUUAGGUUUCUCAUCUAAUCGUCUUGUCAUGAAAAAUGAAGAAACGUUUUAAAUAUAUCAAAAACAGGAUCUUCAUGUUCUCGCUUGC